ACCAGUACAUCACCAGCAGCACCUGUAGAACAGCCCAAAGGAACCAAGACCGAGUGGCCGGAAUCGGUUCGACGAUACGUCCAACGGUCUUUCCACCCGGAGAAUGACGACCCCUCUGUCUCUCGUGCGGAACUGGAAGCCAAGUUGAAGGAUACCAUUGGCAGCGCCAAGGAGAACAACGCGCUCUACACCAUCGACUGGGAUAACAUGCCUCUGCCCCAAGCGUUGGUGAGAGCCGACCGCGAGGCGCAACUCAAGCUUCAUCACCGUGCCGCUCCAAUAACCACACCGAUUUACACCGACGAUUCCUUCAAUCCCAAAAAGCGCAAGUCGAAUGACUUUUCACAUGACUCAUCCGCACCGCCCCCGUGGCACUCUACUAACGCAGGUCGAUCCCUCGAGGAUCGCAUUUCGUAUUCCCCCGAGAAGCGGGCAGCCCUCGAUGACCCCAAGUCUAGUAAGUUCCAGAAGGAAGCCAACAAGCGCAAGCGGCGCUUCGAGAACGAGUACAAGGCGGCCAACGUAGCGUCGCUGAGCCUGAACCCGCCGCCGCCAUCCGGCCCCAUCGUGGGCACCUCUGAAGUCCUUGAAAAGAAGUAUCUCCGCCUGACUGCUCCCCCCGUCCCGUCAAAUGUGCGACCCGAGAGAGUUCUCCGGCAAACGCUAGAGUUGUUGAAGAAGAAGUGGAGAAAGGAGGGCAACUAUUCCUACAUUUGCGACCAGUUCAAGUCCAUGCGCCAGGAUCUCACAGUGCAACGCAUCAAGAACGAGUUCACCGUUUCCGUCUACGAGAUCCACGCCCGGAUUGCCUUGGAGAAGGGGGACAUUGGUGAGUAUAAUCAGUGCCAGACCCAGCUGCGAUCGUUGUACGCAAUGGGUCUCAAGGGCAACCCCAUUGAGUUCAAGGCGUAUCGUAUCCUCUAUUUCAUUCACACUGCCAACCGCACCGGCCUGAACGACACCCUGGCAGAUCUAACAGCAGCGGAGAAGGAAGAGAGGCCGAUCAAGCACGCGCUCAGCGUGAGGUCUGCGCUGGCACUGGGCAACUAUCACAAGUUUUUCCAGCUGUACCUUGACACCCCCAACAUGGGUGCAUAUCUGAUGGAUAUGUUUGUCGCCCGGGAGCGCCUUGCGGCUCUGUGCAACAUCUGCAAAGGAUACAAACCUGACGUCAAGCUGCGCUUCAUCACUGAGGAACUCGGGUUCGAAUCAGAUGCUGAUGCUGCUCAGUUCAUCAUUGACUACCAGGGGCAACAUCUUCUUGAAGACCGCACAGAGUACAUUGCGUUCCUGACUGGCAAAGCCAAUGGCCUGUUUGAGAACUCUAGGGCCGCGGCUUUCCAGAAAGUGGACAUCAAGGGGCAGAUCUGA